AGUUGCUCGCUGGGCAGACCCAGGUCGCGCUCCCGCUGCCGAGCCCGCGAGAUGCUCCCCAGAGCUGCCUGGAGCUUGGUGCUGAGGAAAGGUGGACGUGGAAGACGAGGGAUGCACAGCUCAGAAGGCACCACCCGUGGUGGGGGGAAGAUGUCCCCCUACACCAACUGCUAUGCCCAGCGUUACUACCCCAUGCCAGAAGAGCCCUUCUGCACAGAACUCAACGCUGAGCAGCAGGCCCUGAAGGAGAAGGAGAAGGGAAGCUGGACCCAGCUGACCCACGCAGAAAAGGUGGCCUUGUACCGGCUCCAGUUCAAUGAGACCUUUGCAGAGAUGAACCGUCGCUCCAAUGAGUGGAAGACAGUGAUGGGUUGUGUCUUCUUCUUCAUUGGAUUCACAGCUCUGGUGAUUUGGUGGCAGCGGGUCUACGUAUUUCCUCCAAAGCCGAUCACCUUGACGGACGAGUGGAAAGCCCAGCAGCUGCAGCGCAUGCUGGACAUGAAGGUCAAUCCUGUGCAGGGCCUGGCCUCCCGCUGGGACUAUGAGAAGAAGCAGUGGAAGAAGUGACUUGCAUCCCCAGCUGUCUCCCUGCAGCUCCGCCCUGGCUGGGAGCCUCUGGCGGCCCCUCCCCUCCCCUGCCCUUAACCCCAAUAAAGCUCCAAAAAAAA